AUGAGUGCCACAACCAUAUAUUACAAUUACAACACUCAAGAAUGGAAUGAUGACAAAGUGACGAUAGUGGAUUGUAGUAAAGAUUUUAUGCAUCCCAUGAUUAUACGGAAUGGAACUGUUUCAUCAACGAAGAUGAAUUUUAUAAGAGGGGCCACGCAAGAAGAGACAGGAGAAUGGUUCAACACAAUCUCAACAUUGCAAGUGGACUUGAGAAAAUUCGUUCUUGAUGAAAGCCAUAGAUAUUUAAUAGGUCACUCAUCUGGAUCUGACACUUUAGUGGCAGACAAUGUUGUCUCUAAUAUUACUUCUGGAAUAACCCAAGCCUUUUGGAUCAUUUAUUCUCAAUCGUCACAGAUCUCAAGGAUGAUCAAAAUUGGUUCUGUCUCACGAAAUACCAAAUUCUAUUUGUAUACACUAGAUUAUUUCUUUAUUCAUGGCUUAAGACGAGUGGGAUUUGCUGGCGAACUUCCCGCUCCCUAUAUUUCUAUUGCAGAUAACAACUACAAGCCCAAUGAACAUUUGAUGAUAUUUCAAUUUAGUGUGUCACAAGUUAAUGCCCAACCAACUGUCAAUAAGAUAGCAGAACUACCACCUCCAUUGUUUGUUCCUCCAAGAAUUUCGAUACCUACAAUUAUGGGCAGCGUUCCCAUUGUCAUCGUCAAAGAUAUUGUCUACGGUAACGAUGCUACACUUUAUUUUACUGGAGUUUUCAACACUAAAAUUCAAUUUCUGGAUAUUCUGACCACUAUAGAUUCAAAGAAAGAGAGUUCGGUAUUUUUUGGAGUGCUAGAUCCCAAUAAUGGAACUGUUGUAUUUAUCACCAAGAUUGAACCUACCUUAGCUAUUGAGUAUAACUCGGUGAACGUCAACUUGAUGGAAAUAUCAUCGAAUUAUCAAGAAAUUUACAUAACAGGUACUGUUCAAACAUUUCUGGAAGAUGUAGGAUUUGUUCAAAAAGUAUUCAUUGCAAGUUAUGACAUUUCUCAACCUUCUGCUCCAGUUUUGCGCUGGAAUCACAUUAUUGGAAUUGAUGGAGCAAAGUCCAUUGAUGAUAUUAUCUGUCUAAAUGGAAAGCUCAUCAUCAACGUUUUACUUGCAAACUUUAGCAAUGUUGUUACUCAAAUUUCGACGCAAGAUGGAGCAUUUAUUUCAGCUCUACUCAUUUAUGAUAGCCCAUAUUUUGGAGUACGUACCUCUCUAAAUGCAGACAAAGAUUUGGUGGUAGUUGGAAAGAAAGGAAAUGUUUUUGCAAACAUUGAUUGGGAUAGUUUUAUCACUUUUGGUGUGCCUAGCUCGGUUACUCUGUUUUCACAAAAAUUCAAAAUUAAUACCAUUCAAAACAGUGACGAGCUCAUUCUUGAAGAGGUGUACAGAGAGCCAAUUUUAAAGGGCUCUAUCAUUGCUACACAAUCCAUAACUUUAACUACAGACACCUAUAAUCCUAGAAAAUUCUAUGUAGCCACCACUUUUAGUGGUAGUGUCCAAGUGAUUGGUGACUCCAACGCCAGAAUCAAUCCUGUUGGUUUUUCAAACGCUCUUAUAUCCACAAUCAUUGAAGGCUGUGAUACCUGUGAAAGUGAAUGCAUUAUUCCUUUGUGUGGUCCCUAUACGCAGGAUGAUUCUAGAGCUUGUUCUGGAAGAGGGCGAUGCGACAGUCCAAAUUCAUGCAGUUGUUCACUCUCUACCUUCUCAGGAGAAACCUGUCAAUACCCUAUAUGCUUUGGUGUGCCUCAAAACUACACUUCUGUAUGCUCAGGUAAUGGUAGAUGUGCAUUUCAUGACUAUUGUGUCUGCAAUGAUGGCUAUUCUGGAACUAACUGCGAGAUUGCAAGAUGUUUUGGACUCUAUGCUACCAAUGACUCUGUUUGUUCCUCUCACGGAGAUUGUGUUGCAAAUGAUAUUUGUAAAUGUUUUUACAAUUACACAGGGGAACAGUGUAGCUUUGAAAUCGUACAGGGAUAUACCCACUGUGGUGUGGGAAACUAUCUUUAUAAUCAAAGCAGUGCAGAUCGAUUUGUAAGCCCCAUCAUGCUCUAUGGAUUUCCACCAUCUUUAUACAUUUCCUUUGAUGCCCAUGGACAAAUAUCAUACACAGGCUAUGGCAUCUCUCCAACGUUACAUUCUUUAGGCAAUGGUAUUUCUGUCAAAUUCGGAAGCGUAUUGAACGCAUCUUCAGAAUUAUAUUCCUCAAUUCUUCUUAUUGAUCAGAAUAACACAUUACAAGAAGGCAUUGUUGUGACAAGCGUGACAUCCGACGAUUAUUCAAACACAUGGAUUGUUGGUUGGAAGCAAUUGCAAGUAUUUGGCUUAACUCAAUUCAUUGGAGUAUUGAUAAAAUUAAGCCUGAUGGAACCAUUUCGCAUAUUAAGGAAUUUGGAACGUCAUUCCCGAGUCCAUUCUAAUGGAUUUUUGCAGAGCAUGCUGACCUUUCAAAAUGUUUACAACACUUCCUUUGAUGUCGAUUCUAGUGGAUAUACCUACGUGACAGGAGUUAUUAAGCCUGGAGGUUCUAACAUUGGAGAUCCCAAUGAAAAACAACCAAGAUUCUUUGCCGCAAAGUACUGUGUCAGAAAUCAUGAAAGAUGGUACAAGGAACGACCUUUAGAUAGUCGUGAAGUUUAUGCCUCCAUUUACUCUGCCUACAGUGAAAUGGACAGACUCUAUGUUGUCGCCUUUGUGAACAAGACGCUUCCAUCACUUCCAACUAUUUACACCAUCAUGUUCAAAGAUGAAGAAUGUCGUCAAUGUCCAAUAGGAACGAUAUUACAGCGACACGGAAGGAGCUCCUAUUGCACAGCAUGUCCUGCCACAACGUACAAUCCUUUGAAAGCAUCGACAUCAAACAAUUCUUGCUUGUAUUGUGAUCCUGGCUACUUUAAUGAUCAAGAAGGCCAAUCUGCUUGCUUUAAGUGCGAUGUUGGAACUUAUGCACCAACCAAAGGGGCACGAGAAUGCUUGAGUUGUGAUCCAGGCACCUACGCCCCAAAGGAUGGGCUUUCCAGUUGCUUACCUUGUCCUCCUGGCCAAUAUUCAGAUAAAUCUGGAGAAUGGGCUUGUGAAUCGUGUCCAACUGGACAUUAUCAACCGCUCUAUGGACAAAAUAGCUCAGAGAGCUGUUUAAAGUGUCUACCUGGAUCGUUCUCUUCCUCAGUUGGUAAUGGUAAUUGCACGUUGUGCCCUGCUGGAUUUUACAACCCCAAUCCAGGAAGUUCUACUGCAUUGGAUUGCAUUAAGUGUCCAAGUGGACAAUAUUCAAGUGCAGAAGGGUCGUCACAAUGCACAGAAUGUGACGUUGGAACCUAUAACGAAAACAUUGGUUCUUCAAAUGCCAGUAGUUGCCUACCUUGUACACCUGGAACGUUCAGCAAUAGAAAAGGACAGGCAUCAUGUACCAAAUGUGCUGCUGGAACGUAUUUGUCAAAAUCUGGCUCCUUCAGUGAAAGUGAUUGUCUUUUAUGUCCCAUUGGUUUCUAUUCUAACAUGAGCGGCUCAUCAUUUUGUUUUUCAUGCCCAACAGGUUCAACGACAUCAUCUGCAGGUUCUCUAAAUUCAACAGCAUGCAUUGCAUGUGAAAAAGCAGUGGCUUUGAAAAGAAAGAAACGAGCAGAAGAUGAAAUGCUUUCUAAAUUAUUGGAACAUAAUACCAAGUCGUUUUAUGCAUCUACGGACACAACCACGCAUCAAACUGCAAAUCUUAUACCAAUUGAAGAUUUAGAAUUUAAAGAAAGAGUUUCUGAAGGAGCAGGAGGUGUGAUAUUUAGAGCAGCUUGGAAAGGUACUGAAGUCGCUGUCAAACGAAUCAAAUCGAAUCAAUUUGGUAGUGACGACGAUGAAACAUUUGAACACGAAGCUAGUAUUUUAAUUGGACUAAGACAUCCAAAUGUUGUCUUGAUGAUGGGUGUUAGUGUUGACGAAGACAACAAGUACAUUAUCACUGAAUUUGUCAAAGGCGGUAGUUUGGACAAGCUUAUUUAUAACAAAAAGAAGGCAAAGAAUGAAAUUAUUACAUUUGGAAGAAAAUUAGAGAUACUCAAAGAUAUUUGUAGAGCUUUAAUUUAUUUACAUAAUACGAGACCACCAAUCAUUCAUCGUGACUUGAAACCACAAAAUGUCUUACUCGAUGAAGCAGGACUUGCAAAAGUUUGCGAUUUUGGUGUUUCAAAACCACUAUCCUCUCUCACCAUGACAGGUGUUUGUUAUGGUACUAUUCAAUAUACCUCUCCAGAGAUUUUGAAACAGUCAAGAAGAUAUACCACCAAGUGUGACGUUUAUAGUUUUGCCAUUCUCAUGUAUGAACUAUUCUUUAUGGUUCAUCCGUACAGCGAUCUUCCAAAGUGUCCUGUUUCGAACCACACGAAGAAGAGCCUUGCUUUCUUGACAUCAUCCAAUAGUGACUCGUCUUCGCCACAUCUUUCAGAUUCAUAUUCUGGAUCGGGCAAUUCAGGUGACACGACCAACAACACCAGUGAUAUGAUUAGUAUUUUUGCCAUUGGUAACGAUGUGAUUCAUGGCAAGAGACCAAUGAUUCCAUGGGAGAAUACUCUUCCCUCACUGCAGCAACAACCUCAUGCUCGACCAAUUCUUCAAAUUCAAUCCUCUCCUACAAAUCUUGAUUCCACCAUUCUCGAUGUCAAUUCUCCUACCAUCAUUGAUGAAGAUGUUUUGAAGCUUGAAUGGUAUUUACAUUGCAACAAGACUGUGAAAAACUCUGAAAUAACCAAACCAGAGUCACUGGUCCCAAUAAUUGACUCGUUUAUUUCAAUCAUGAAAGCAUGUUGGGCAAAUGAUGACACUGAACGUCCUGAUUUUUCACAAAUAUUGGAUUCGCUCGAACAAUUGCACAAAGAAUGGACAGAGGUGCUGAAUAGUCAAUGA